UUUCAAUUGGGAUCUGUGGAGCCGGGGCAAGACGGACAUGGCUACAGCAGACAAGAAAGUGAAGCAACAGGUGAAUCGGAACAGAGAUCGCAGUCGGAACGACGCCAGGCGUCAGUGGCACGGCUUGGCUGGCUCUGGCCGGCCCGCUGGCUGGGACACACAUGUGUGCAACCUGAUUGGCUUGCGAAGAUUGCGAGGAGCAUAGCGAGCCUGCGGCCGGCCGACGCCGAUGUUGACGGAUCUUCACAUGGAGAGUCCACCAAGCCUUUACUUCAUUCGGGAGCAGGCCAAGGUCACAGAUAUCGGAAGCAUGGCAGCAAUUGCUUGGAGGAAUGGAGGCGAGCUGCCGCUUUGCUGCUAGGACCAUCGCGCGCUGCUUCAGGCACGUUCGUCUGCCUUCACCUUUCUCGUUCAAAUAUGAGCCCUUCUCUUCCCUUCCCUUCCCUUCCCUUUCCUUCCAUUACAAUCCCUCCAACUCUCGCUGGUACAUAACAAUGCCCAACGAGGGAGAGCCACGUCUCGUCCUUGUCCUCCCGGAAGACGGGCCUUGGCCCCUACGACUUGAAACCUCCAUCUCAUUCGCCCCUCAGCAGGGGUCGAGUGGCCUAGAUGCUAACGAACAAGCCCGCACACUACGCACUGCUACCAACAGAGGUAGUGCAGAGCAGGGGUUGAGUGGCCUAGAUGCUAACGAACAAGCCCGCACACUAGGCACUGCUACCGUCAGAGGUAGUGCAGAGCAGGGGUUGAGUGGCCUAGAUGCUAACGAACAAGCCCGCACACUAGGCACUGCUACCGUCAGAGGUAGUGCAGAGCAGGGGUUGAGUGGCCUAGAUGCUAACGAACAAGCCCGCAAACUAGGCACUGCUACCGUCAGAGGUAGGACAGAGCAAGCCUUCGCCCCGGCGAAAAGACCGCGAUCUUCUACCAAUCAUGAGGAGUCCCAUACCCGCAAUGACCUGUUUCUGGAAAUCGAGGACGACGAGGACGAGGAAGUUGCAGACCUCCCAGUGGCACCAAGAGACAGCGCAUAUGCUGCGGAUCUGGCAAGGCCAGCACGCACCUCCAGCACCGGAGUCAGAGCUGGGCCUCGGGUCUCAUUCCACGACGAUCCUGCCAACGAGCAGUACUCACGCGGUUAUGAAGCCAGAGCUGAGCUUCCCAGGUACCCCUCCUUCACCGCCGAAGCUUUCAAGGAACGCUUCUCGUCUAUCAUGAGCGCCAGAGCUGGGCCUUCAAGCCAUCGUGCCUCCAGCGCCGAUGCGUUGAGCAACGAGGAGCAUUCGCCCAUCGCUGCAGCCAGAGCCUGGACCUCGUACGGUGCAGUCUGGGAUUCGAUCGAAACCCGGAUGAAGAGCGACAGGGUGGCGAAGCUGGUAGGAGUCGUACUCGAGCGAGAGGACGUACGAAAGUGCGGCAUCAAGACUACGGCGAAGGAUGGGGAACACUGCCUUCAAUUCAAGAUCAAGUACGAGCCUGACUUACAGGCGAUAGACCGAUUGACGUCGGAAGAAGCGGCCGAGCUUCGAGGUACUAAGAUCUGCUUCAAGAUCUGGCAAGGCGACACGGCGCUGACCGACUGGCUGCCUCUUCGCAGAUGCAAGCCAACGCCUGCCCUCCAGUACUUGUACUGCGAGGCGAUGAAGGCAUUGUGUGAAGUCGGCGCGGCUACAAAGGAGACUGUCAAGAAGCCCGCCCUGAAGCAAGGGAAAGACAAUGGUGCAGCAAACACCCUUGACAAAUUUUUUCGGCUCUAGGCUUCUCUUCUGGAAAUCCACAAGGGCUCUGGCGGCGACGUACGCGAAGGAGAGUACCCUGAACGUUGGGGUACAGAAAGACUUCUGCAUUCUAAUCGCACGCGUACAAAUUUGCGAGAUCCUCAAGAGUUUUGAGAUCUACGCUCAACAGCAGUCGGCCGUCAAGGCCGCUUGGCUCAGGCUUCUGGAGGGCGAGAUCUUCCUGAGUUG